AAAAAAAAAAAAAACUCUUAUCCGAGAGUGUGUGAGCUUGGAUACAGUAAUCUGUAGAUUGAUUCCGGAUCCCAACUAGACAAAAAAAUUGCAUUCUAAGCUUUUUCUCCCAUGGAGUCUCCUCCUGCAAAGUUUGAUGUGUUUCUUAGUUUCAGAGGUUCCGACACACGAAAAAACUUCACAGGCCAUCUACAUGAUAAGCUUUCUGGAAAGGGAAUCGACUCCUUUAUCGACGACAAGCUCUGCCGAGGGGACGACAUCGCCGCGCUUUUCGAUCGAAUCGAGCAAUCCAAGAUUGCGAUCAUUGUCUUCUCGAAGAACUUCACAAACUCCACGUGGUGCCUCCGAGAGCUUGUGAAAAUCCUCCAGUGUAGGGACAUAAACAAACAGGUGGUGAUACCUAUCUUCUACAAUAUUGAAAAACCGGAUCUGAUGAGGAUGCUGGUGGGAAACGAGAGAUUCACCGACGACGAGAUUUCAUCGUGGAAAGCUGCGUUGACCACUGCAUUCAACAUCUCUGGCUAUGUUAUCAAUGAUACUAGCACGUCUGAGGCUGACCUUCUGAAUGAAAUUGCUUUCGACACGUUAAAGAAGCUGAGUGAUUUAGCUCCCGUAGGGAACCAUGCCCUGGUAGGAAUAGAAUCACGUGUGGAGGCUUUAGAAAAGCUAUUAUCGUGCCAUGAGUUGGGUUCUGUUCGCGUCAUAGGAAUUGUUGGCAUGGCUGGUAUUGGUAAAAGCGCCCUUGCUGAUUGCUUGUACGGACGGUUGCGAGGUCAGUUCGAUGGUAGCUGUUUUCUUUCAAAAAUCAGUGAAAACCUAGGUCGAAGCGGAUUAGAAUAUUUGCUUGAGAAGCUCUUGUCUACAUUGCUAAACGAAAGAAAUCUGGAGAUUGGAGCUCCUGAAACUGCACAUGCGAAAUUUGAGAGCCGUCUCAAGAGCAAGAAACUGCUUAUUGUGCUUGAUGAUGUGAAUCAUGAGAAACAAGUAAGAGAUCUUAUGGGGCACCGUAAAUGGUAUCGAGGAGGAAGUAGAAUCAUCAUUACUACUAGAGACUGUAAACUGGUGGAGACGAUCCAAGGCCGAAAAUAUGUGCUCCCGAGAUUGAAUGAUAGAGAAGCCUUGAAGCUCUUUAGCUCGAAUGCGUUUGGUGACAGUACUGGGCCUCUAAAAGAGUUUCAGGGUUUGACAAAUAUGGUUCUUGAUUAUGCUAAAGGCCACCCUUUGGCUCUUAAGGUUUUAGGAUCUGAUCUUUGCAAGAUGGAUAAACAGUUUUGGGAAGCUAGGUUAGAAAUACUCAAAAGUAAAUCUCAUGGAGAUAUCUACGAAGUUCUUGAAACUAGUUUUGAUGAACUUAGCAAAGAGCAGAAAGAUAUUUUUCUUGAUAUUGCAUGUUUCUUUAGAUCAGAGAAGGUGGAUUACGUGACAAGCCUUUUGUACAGUCGUGGAACGAAUGUGUCUAGCGUGAUACAAGAACUCGUUGACAAAUGUCUGAUUACUGUCGUUGAUAAUCGCAUCGAGAUGCAUGAGAUGUUGCAGACGAUGGGAAAGGAGAUUAGUACAAAACCAGAACCAAUCGGAAUAAGAGACUAUAGGUGGAUAUCACAACAUCGUCCGCAGCGCGAUUGGCAUCUCAGACUAUGGGAUAGUGAAGAUAUAUGUGACCAGCUGACAAAAGACAUGGGUUCUAAAAAUAUAAGAGGGAUCUUUCUUGACACAUCAAAUCUAGGAGCAAUGCGUCUAAGAUCCAAAGCCUUCAACGGGAUGUACAAUCUCAAAUACAUCAAAAUUUAUGAUUCUCGAUGUUCUCGUAGGUGUGAAGUGGAUCAUAAACUGUACUCUCGAAAUGGGUUUGAUUUCCUUCCUGAUGAACUUACUUAUCUACAUUGGCAUGGAUGCCCUCUACAGAGUCUCCCUGAGAACUUUUACCCCAAGUACCUAGUCGACCUUAAGUUGCCAUAUAGUAAAUUAGUAGAGAUUUGGGGUGAUGACAAGGAUGCUAGAAUGCUCAAAUGGGUCGACCUCAGUCAUUCCUUGGAACUACGCCGGUGUUUGGGUUUGGCAAAUGCUCAAAAUCUUGAAAGAUUGAAUCUGGAAGGAUGUAAAAGUUUGGAAAAGUUGCCAUCAUCGAUGAAUUGUUUGGAAAAGCUUAUUUACCUCAAUCUCAGGGAAUGCACAAGCCUUAGGAGUCUUCCAAAAGAAAUAAAAAAUCAAUCCCUGCAAACUCUUAUUCUCAGUGGCUGCUCCAGCUUAAAGAAAUGUCCACAAAUCUCAGAAAACGUUGAAGUUCUACUUUUAGAUGGCACUGCUAUAAAGACCCUUCCUGAAUCCAUUGAAACCUUAGGAAAACUUGUUUUGUUGAAUCUGAGGAACUGCAAAAAGCUGAAGCGUCUUUCUUCUGGUCUUUAUAAGUUGAACUGUCUACGAGAGCUAAUACUUUCAGGCUGCUCACAACUAGAGGUUUUUCCAGAAAUCAAGGAAAACAUGGAGGCUUUGGAGAUUUUACUUCUGGAUGAUACAGCCAUCACUGAGCUGCCAAAGAUGAUGCAUUUGAGCAAUAUCAAGACAUUUUCGCUAUGUGGAACAAGCAGUCAAGUUUUUGUUAGUAUGUUCUUCAUGCUACCAACAUUGUGCUGCUCUCGGUUAACAGAUCUUUACCUCUCAAGAUGCAAUCUCUACAAACUCCCAGAUAAUAUUGGUGGUCUAUCCUCUCUGCAGUCUUUAUGCUUAAGCGGAAACAACAUCGAGAAUCUUCCAGAGAGCUUCGACCAACUUCAGAAUCUGAAAUGGUUUGAUUUAAAGUAUUGCAAAUUCCUCAAAUCUAUACCAGCCCUUCCUCAAAACCUGCAAUAUCUGGAUGCACAUGAGUGCGAGUCACUUGAAACUUUGGCAAAUCCAUUGACACCGUUGAAUGUGGGAGAGAGGAUCCAGUCUAUGUUCAUGUUUAGCAAUUGUUACAAACUCAACAAAGAAGCACAUGAGAGCCUUGUGAGUCAUGCUCGAAUCAAAAGUCAAUUGAUGGCUAAUGCAUCUGUCAAACGUUAUUAUAGGGGAUUCAUCCCAGAAUCUGUUGCCAUGGACCCAGAAAAUAAUCAAACGAGUCCCCUACCAGUCGAGGGUGAGAUUGACCCCAACAUCCCGGAAAACUACUUCGGCGCUCCCUCUUGUCCCUCCGAUUAA